CUGCAGUUCAUUUUCAUUUUCAGUUGGUUUGAAACCCGCCAGUAAAGCUAAAGAAAAAGAAGACGUCAUAAGGCUGCGUCGCGCUCCUGCAUCUGUUGGGAUUCGGCUGAAGAAAGAAAAACUCCUGUUGAAGCAGCUGAGAUCCACGUGACAGUUUUUAAGAUGGCGUUUAUUAAAGUGGAGAGUGAAGACCUGAAGAUUGAAGAAACAUUCAGAGUGAAACAAGAAGAUACUGAGGAACAAACAGAACUGAUGGCCUUGAAUGAGGAGACUGAAGUACUGAAUAAAAUGGAAGAGAAAGAUCAGAAUGAGAAACAUGAUUUCACAACUGUAGAAAAAUCAUUUAGGUGUUCACAGACUGAAAAGACUUCAUCACAAAAAAGAGCUCAGAAGACAGGAACUGGACGUUAUUUCACCUGCCAACAGUGUGGAAAAAGUUACAACAGAAAAGGAACCCUUAAUUAUCACAUGAGACUUCACACUGGAGAAAAGCUGUUGACUUGCCAUCAAUGUGGAACAAAAUUCACUAGAAAAAUAUAUCUAGACAGGCACUUUAGAAUUCACACUGGAGAGAAGCCUUUCACCUGCAACCUCUGUGGAAAAAGUUUCAGCAGUAAAGGAAACCUUAAUUGCCACAUGAAAAUUCACACUGGAGAGAAGCCUUACACAUGCCCUCAAUGUGGAAAGGGUUUUACACAAAAACAAGCUUCUGAUGCCCACAUAAGAAUUCACACUGGAGAGAAGCCUUUCACAUGCAACCAGUGUGGAAAAAGGUUCAGCAGUAAAGGAAACCUUAAUUACCACAAGAAAAUUCACACUGGAGAGAAGCUUCACACGUGCCCUCAAUGUGGAAAGGGUUUUACAUAUAAACAAGGUCUUAAUGGCCACAUUAUGAGAAUUCAUACUGGAGAGAAGCCUUUCACAUGCCAGCAGUGUGGAAAGAGUUUCAAAAACCAUAGAAACCUUCAAGACCACACGAGAAUUCACACAGGAGAGAAGCCAUUUACUUGCCAGCAGUGUGGAAAGAGUUUCACUCAAAAAACUACUCUUACCUCCCACAUGAGAGUUCACACUAAAGAACGCCCUUUUAACUGUGAACAAUGUGGAAAAGGUUUCACUCAAAAAGGAUACGUGAAAGUACACAUGAGAAUUCACUUUAAAGAGACCGCAUUCACAUGCCAACAAUGUGGAAAAUGUUUCAUUAAAAAAAUAAGACUUAAAGAGCACAUGAGAGUUCACACUGGAGAGAACCCUUACACAUGCCAACAUUGUGGAAAAGGUUUCUUUCAGAAAGGAAGCCUUACAGAUCACAUGAGAAUACACACUGGACAGAACCCUUACACAUGCCAACAAUGUGGAAAAAGUUUCAUUCAAAAAGGAAACCUGAAAGUCCAUAUGAGAAUUCACACUGGAGAGAAGCCUUACACCUGCCAACAUUGUGGAAUAAGUUUUUCUUAAAAAACAAGCCUUGACAGCCACACAAGAAUUCACACUGGAGAAAAGCCUUUCAAAUGCUCCCAGUGUGAAAAGAGUUUUAAACGAAAAGUAAGCCUUACUAACCACAUGUCAAUUCACACUGGAGAGAAGCUGUUAUGUGAUCAAUGUGGAAAGAGUUUCAGAUUUUUAGUAGACCUUAAUUACCACAUGAAGAUUCACUCAAAAGAUAACUGUUAUAUAUGUCAUCAGUGUGGAAAAAGUUUCACAAACAAAGAAGACCUUAAGAAUCAUGUUGACAUUCACAUUGGAGAAAAGCCUUUCAUGUGUCAUCACUGUGGAAAGACAUUCAAAAACAACGCAACCCUUCAGGUUCACAUAAAAAUUCACACUGGAGAGAAGCCUUUCACCUGUCUUCAGUGUGGAAAGAGUUUCACAGCUAAAGGAAACCUUAACAUUCACUCAAGGGUUCAUACUGGAGAGAGGCCUUACAGUUGUCUUAGGUGUGAGAGGACUUUCAGAUAUCAUAGAGACCUGAAAUUACAUUUGCAAACUCAUUCUAGAAAGAAAUUACAAAGAUCUGAGUGUGACAAGAGUUUAAUGAAAAGGAGCAAUUCAAGAAAUCACUUGCACAUUCACUCUGGAGGAAGGCGAUUUAGUUGUGAUCAGUGUAAAAAGAAAUUUCUUCUGCAAUCACAUUUAAAGAUACAUAUGAAAAGUCACACAGAUGUGAGACCCUAUUCUUGUUCUUUUUGUCGAAAGUGUUUUAAAUGGCUCAGCAAUUUAAAAUGGCACCAGAAAUUAUCUACCUGUGUGAAAUCAAAGCUACGUUCAUGCCGCAGAUGAAUGUGGCCCAAAUUGGAUUUUUGCUCAAAUAUGUUGUUUUGUUUGUACACAUGACCUUCUAAAUGUGGCCUGUUUCAGAUACUCCACAAUGUUCAGUGAUUUGGUCAUAUUCAAUUCUUCUGUUUUCAUCUUUCGUCUUUUUUGCCUUGAUUUUUAUUGACUUUUUUUUUUUUUUUUUUUUUUUUUAUGCCUGUGGCAGCACCUAACUAUGUCCUUUUGCUAUAGUUUAAAAUAUUCAGCGGUUGUGGUAGGUGUCCUACAAUUUCUAUUGUAUAGAGUUGUUGCUUAUAAAUUUCAAUAUAAUACUUAGAAAUAAACAUUGUAUGAAUCUA